UACAACAAUGAAGAAAUGUUUUGCAGUAAUAGCAACCUUCCUGCUUCUUGGUAUCACUAUUUUAUGGAACAAGGAAAAGCUAUGGAAAACGGCACACAGGCGAAUAGACAAAUCAAGAGAAGAUUUGGACAAUCCGUACUCGGCGCUCUUGUUAGGAAGUGAAGUAAUAUAUGACGUCACUACCGUAGCGAGUAAAGUAAAUUCAUCUGUUCAUCUUGUGAAGAAUCGGAAGUACGCAGUAGGUGAACGAGCUAGAGUGCUCAUCACACUACGGGAUCAACUUGGAAGACGGAAAACUUCCGGGGGUGACGUUCUACGGGUGUGGCUCCGAGACAAUUCAAUCAAAGCCAAUGUGGCCGGGGACGUCAUAGAUAACGGAAAUGGCACCUACACCGGAAGUGUCCUGCUUCCAUGGAAGGGUCGUCCAAAACUCUAUGUUUCUAUUGCAAUACCGCGCGAAAUGAACAUUUUGAUUCUCCAUUCGAUGGUCAAAAACUUGGGUUCAGUUUAUACAUUAAGCGGCAUGUUCAAUAAAACAAGUCACGGACCAUCUGAACUUACCCAGUGUGGUCCACAACCUAUGACCCAACCAACCAAUAUGUGUAAUUUAACUCAACAGAACUAUGAUUUAGAUUGGUACUGCAAAGCUCCAACAACACAUGGAAUUACAUGUCAGGAUUGGAAAAUGGCGUUGGGUAAUGGGAAGACUUAUGUUUCAAAGACAGAUAUGGAAUUUAUAACGCAAGUACCAUAA